AUGCCACCUGGUCAGAGCAAAGCGGCCGACUUCUUCGACAUUGAGUCGCUCGGCCUGGGACUCUCGCACGCCGGUCGCAAGUCGGCAGAGUACCUUUCUCGAACCGCUUCGAGCUCUGGCAAUCCCCACGAUGGCGGCCCUACUUCCGCAUCCGAUAUCGCCGCCUCGCUCCUCGAGACCUUCCGGGCCAUUCUGGAUGAGGUCGAUAGCUAUGUCGGUCUAUACGAGGGCAGGCUGAAGCUCGAGGAAGACUACAUGCGGAACCUCAAGCAGCUCGUGGACAGGCAGAGGGAGCUCGAUGUCCGCGUGGAUGCCAAGAUGGUCAGCGCCACCGGCCUGCUGCCGGACACCAUGCCCGGCCUGCGGCAAAGCUGGAGGGAGCUGCGAGACAACGACCUGCGCGAGCUCGAUGCUCGGGCCCACGCCAUCGAGACCAUCAAGCAGGCCGUCCUGACGCCGCUGCUGGCCUUUCGCGACUCGCAGGAGCGCAUCCGCAAACGGGUCAAGGAGGACUUGCGCACCAGCCUCGCGCACUACGACGAUAUGCGCAACAUCCACCUGCCGAGGGUCCGGAGGGCGUACGAAAAGAAGGCCGAAGAGGUUGAGCAGCUCCAGACGCAGCAAAAGGCCGUCGAGGAGCAGAGGGCGCUGCUCGCGACCAGAACAAAGGACCGCGAAGCCGGCGGCAGCUCUCCAGGUGCGCGCGUGUCGUCGCCCGAGCCCGAGGCAGAGGGAAGCACCGCACACCGGCGUUCCCGAAGCAUGCGUAGACGGCAUUCUCGCGCUGCAUCCUCGAGCUCGACUCAGUCCCAGGGGCCCGCCCACAAAGAUGCGCCGAGUGCCGAUGAGCUCUCCUCGCCUGUCUCAUCGCCCAGGCCCAGGCCCACGGCCGCGCCGCUCUCUACCUCGCUGCCACCGCCCGGGAAUACGAGCGAGUCCCUGCCCAGCCCCAACCUCGAGCGCAACCGGCCGAACUUCUUCGAAGCUCUCAAGAGCCGCGAAGGCUGGGAGGCCGCGCGCAAAGAGGCACCAAAGAAGAUUGGAGCUCUACUGAGUAGGAUGCGCGAAGGCCGCGAGCCAGGUGCAGCGGCAUCCGGCGCAAGUCAGAACGUCGGCCAGGGCGACGGAGGUGGACCGGGAGGCGGGCCUGGCAGCAACGCCAUUGCAGGCCUGGGCGCCACUGUCGGCGAUACGCUUCGCAACGGCCUGGGCGGCGGCACUGGGUCCAUGCGAGCCAACCAAAGCAUCGCCCUGAAGCUCGUCAAGGCGAAGCGAGAGGUCGACGAGCUCGACAAGGGCUAUCGAAAGGCUAUCUUCGACAUCGAGACGUCAAGGCUGCGCAGGUCCAAGACGAUCAAGGCCGCCGUCACCUCGGUCAUCGAGUGCCGCAACGAGCUAGCGCACACGGCGCAAGCAGUCUGGAUGCAGUCGGAGCGGAGCAUGGUGGCCCUCUACUCGCAGGGCGUCGGCCUGCACGAGCACGGCGUUGAAUCCGUGCAGCUCUGCCUCAAAGACCUCGACCGGGAGCUGGCAGAGCUGGAGCGGAAUCUGCCGAAUGCGCAGGACCUCAACGAUCAGAGGGUGACCUACGUCAACUACUGGCAUGGGGAGCUCAAGAAUCUUCUCUUUGGCACGCCCCUGACCGACUACCCUCUCACCGUGCCCUAUCGCCUCAGCGACACCGUCGCACCGCCGCUGAUCGUCACCAAGUGCAUCGCGUUCAUCGAGACCCACGCGCUCGAACAGGAAGGCAUCUACCGGACGUCGGCGAAGCAGUCGAGCGUGAAGGCGCUCAAGCUCGCCAUCGAAAAGGAUGAGCUCGGUUUCCAGUUUGAUCCAGAGCGAGACGAGGCAUCGGCCGUCGCCGGCACGUUCAAGGACUACCUGCGCCAGCUACCGGAGCCCGUCAUGGCUAUACCCUGGCCGGACCGCAUCAAGUACACACACGAUAGGGACGAGCACAUCCGAACAGGGUUCGCGAUGCUGAAGGGGCGGCUGCGAAGGCUUCCGCCGAUCCACCAAGUCACGCUCAAGGUGAUCGUCUUCCACCUGGCCAAAGUCGCCGAGCACUCCGCAUCCAACAAGAUGACGUCUGCCAACCUCUCGGUCGUCUUUUCCCCGUGCCUCCUGUCCGAGGCGGACCACGAGACGACUAGUGUGGCUGCAGCCAUGGAGGAGGACAAGCUGCUCGAGGACAUGAUUCUGUACUGCAAGGAGAUUUUCGAUCUCAAGACCGCCGGCGCUCCGAUCCUACCGCCAGUCCCUUCCUCGGGCGGCAACGAGCUGUCGCGAGCGAGCCUGGGUGCGGCGGAUGCGGCCUUUGCUGCAAGCUCCUCGACGUCGCUCGCUGCGCCGGCCGCCACGGCUGUCGCGGGGCCACAGGAUCCACCCGCGCUGCCUGGGGCUGCAGACCUCAAGCGCAGCAAUGCCAUCGUGCCGCCCGGUAUCGGUGCAAGCGUCGUCGAGCAGGACGAGACCAUGCUCCAGCCCAAGCAGGCCGCACCUCGCACGCCAGAGAGAUCCAAGUCGAACUCCUCGCUAAAGAGCCUCAGCCCGCGACAGAACUCGGUCGCGGCCUCGAUCAAGGCUUUCGAGGCAAAGACUCCGCCGCCUACAUUGCCCCGCCUCAACACCUCGUCGGUCCGUAGAAAAGGCGGCGUCGGUGGCGAUAUAGCAACCGCCAAGAUCAGCAGCGCCGGUCCUUGCUCGACUCGGAACCUCGACACCGCCGAUACGGUCCCUCGAGCCGGCACCGACCCGGCGCAGCCGACUCCGGCAGGAGCAGCCGAGGCGGUGACUGCCUCGCCCGCCGCGCUCUCUGGCGAAGCCGGACAGACCUACCUCGCAGCCAGCUCGGCGCUCUCGGCCUCGCCCGUCGCGGCUCACCUCGUCAGCGAGGGCGGAGGGUCGGAGUCCAACCACCUGCUGACGCCGGGCAAGCUGACGCCGUCGAGCCUGAGGUCGCCGCUCGAGUACGUCAUCGACUCUGCCCAGGCCUCGCAGGGACACGAAUCAGUCGCGAGCUCGGCGGAUCACGCGGCAAACGGUGCAGCUCCAUCUCCUGUCGCAGCACCAGCGCCGGCUUCGACCGCCGAAGGCGAGGAGACCAUCGAUGCAGCGACGACGACGAACGCUCCCCAUCCGGCCCCCGUCCAUCUCUGA